AUGUCUCCUCGGCAGACUCGUGUAUUAAGCAAACGCGGACGCAGAUCGACAGUGCCGCUGGAACAACGACAAGCAAUGACGAGGGUCAAAAAACGGCAUCUCGAAAGACGUCGGCGAGCACACAUUUCAGAGAAGAUGACAGAGCUUUAUGACCUAGCGAUGUCAUUGGUUGGUGGCGACCCACGGAAUCACAGUUGGCUACAUAAGACAACUCUUCUCAACGACUGCAUAAAAGUACUUCAGACUCUGUCCUACGUGAUGCGUGAAAUGCCUGAAGUACAGGCCAGCAUAAAAACCGUAUUUGGACAGCGAUUAAACUCGAAAACGGUCCCUUUAUUCGAAAAAGACAAGGAAAAUAUGCCUCCACCAACGCUCAUCCAAUCAUCAAACACACUUACUGGAAAAACUCCGAAAAUCGCAAAUGCGACCCCCGAGAGUGGAUAUCACGGCAGUUUCGCCAGCUGCCUCCAACAGCAAAGCCACAAUCAGCCAAACUUCAGUGCCGACACCGACGUCACCUUCACCCCAAUUCGUCGACUUCUUGAUAGAAAACACCAUCACCUGCCACUUAGUCAAUUCCUAAAUACCUCCAAACCUCAAGACUACCCUAUGGAUCUCAGCUUUCCCAAAAGCCAUGACAAGGGUCAUCAGUUGUGGAGACCAUACGCGAUUUGA